AUGCUCGCCGACAAGCUUCCAGAGCAGGCAGCGGAGCAUGGUAUCAAGAAGAUCAUAGAACCCGCAUACCACGUCAGAGUCAUAACAGCCAAAGAUAAAGAUCGUACCAUUGAUUUCCUAAGGAGAUACUUCUUCCGUGAUGAGCCGAUGAAUCUAGCAGUGAAUCUUCUGGAGACCCCAACGAGUCGGUGUAUCGAUCUAGAAGAAUACGCAGCCAGUUCCUUGGACCAAGGAGUAUCAUUAGCUGCGGUAGACGAUAAUGGAGAAUUCGUUGGAGUCGUCAUCAACGCUAUUAUUAACAGAAACGACGUUGAAGAAGACAAAACAGAAGAAUGCACCCAUCACAAAUUCAAGCGCAUCCUCCGGCUACUGACCCACUUAAGCAACGAGGCUAAGGUCUGGGAGAAGGUACCGGCCAGCUGUGACGUUAUGAUGGAACUCAGAAUAGCAUCCACACACCCCGAGUGGAGAGGACGACGUAUCAUGAAAGUGCUGGCAGAAGAAUCAGAGCGUAUUGCGAAAGCUCGUGGAGCUGGGGCCAUUCGUAUGGACGCCACAUCGGCUUUCUCCGCUCGCGCAGCCGAGCGGCUGGGCUACAAGAAAGUCUACUCCGUGCUGUACAAGGAUCUGCCUGAUGCACCACAACCCAAAGCACCACAUUUUGCUGCCAGCGUCUUUAUCAAGCCGCUGAACAGCCGGAACUCACACAAGAGAAACAAGAUCCUGAAAGAACUUGUGGCUGAUGUAGAUGAAGAUGGGAUCUUAGAAACAAUGGCUGACCAAGGUUACGAAAUAAAACCUAUUCAACCUGGAGAUACGGAGGAAUCUCUCCAGUUACUGCGAAGGACGUUUUUCAUCGACGAACCUAUGAACCAAGCAGUAGGAUUAUGCAGUGACGGGAACUGUCCAGAGCUUGACGAAUACUGCGCACACUACCUACAUGAAAACGGAUGGUCCUUCAAAGCAGUCGACAAAAAUGGCAAAAUCGUUGGCCUAAUUGUCAGCGGAAUGUGUAAUUUAAAGCCAACAGACGAUGGCAGCGACUACGUGAGCCAAGCUCAACAGUGUAAGAACCCGAAAUUCGCAAAAAUUUUAUACGUCUUAGCACAAAGAGAGGAAGGUGCCAAACUUUGGGAGAAGUUCCCUGAUCAAGAAGAGGUGCUGGACGUGAAGCUCGCGGCUACUGAUCCAAACUGGAGAAAACGAGGCAUCAUGAACAAAUUGUUAGAAGCUACAGAGAAACUGGCCAAACAACGUGGUAUUAAAGUACUCCGUAUGGACACAUCGAGUGCCUUCUCAGCAAUGUCCGCAGAAAGGCUUGGCUUCACUUGCAUGUACUCGGCUCCAUACACAGAGAUCAAAAUGGAUGGCAAGCCUCUUAUAGUCCCCGAACCGCCUCACGUGGACGACAGAGUUUAUACCAAAAUACUACUAUAAUAUACCAAAAAAAUGGUGAUUCUAUUUACCUUGUAUUGGCCAUAUUACGAGUACGUACCUAAUAUUAUAGUUUUAUUUAUGUUUCUUUU